UUUUUAGUGAUUAUCUUUGAGAGACUUUUUGAUUUAUAUUGAAACAAUUAAUUAUCUCUCCAUUUUUUAAACAUAUUAAUCUAGUUUUAUAAUUAACCUUUGUGACAUCGUUUGCGACUUUUUAUCUGUCCUAUUGUCUCAUUAUAUUUGUAAAAUCUGCUGUUGUCCCAUCAAUUACUUUUGAGAGAAAAUCUUUUCUCCCAAAGUGAAUCUAUUUGAUUCUGUUAAUUGUGAUCAGAUUUUUUUUUGUCAACAAUUAAUUAAUUUUGUACUUUCAAUUUUUGUUCCAAUCAAAAUGUCCAAUGAUCUUGUUUGGAGUGUUAAAAAUGGUGAUAUUGAUCAGGUUAAAGAAUUGAUCAAGAAACAUAAAAUUGAUAUAAACGAACAGAUCGAUGGCAGGACUCCAGUGAUUUAUGCUGCUGAUUAUGGACAGAAAGAAAUUCUUGAAUAUCUAAUCAAGAUCGGUGCUAAUGUGAACUCAACAGAUAAACAUGGCAUCACUGCUUUACUAGCAGCUAUUUGGGAAGGACACACGGACUGUGUUAAAUUGUUACUGGACUCUGGUGCGGAUACCAAGCUUAAAACACCCGAUGGUAAAAGUUACCUGGAAGUGGCAGAUAAAGCGGAAGUCAAAAGUUUAUUGGAGCAACGGAACCUACCCAGUAAAUUGGCAGAACUAUUGAUUAAAGGCCAGGAAAAUUAACGAUUAAUUGAUCCAUAAACAUGAUUAAGAAAAUACCAACACAUGCAUCACAAUUAUACAAUUAACAAAUUCAUCAACCUAAUCAGCCUGUUGCAUUUAAAUUGAUUGAGAUCCAGUAAAAAAUGUAUGGAAAUCUCUUCGCUCUCGACAAGACAAUUAAUUUUUCUUCCAAAUUAAUUAACUAAAAACACAAAAAUACACUUUUACAUUAAUCGACUAACAUUUUAAAAAAAUAUUCAUAUAAUCCAUCAUCAAAUGAACAAUUAUCAUUUGGUUUAACCAUCAUCUCGAUUAACAAUCAUAUGUCUAUCAACUAAUUAAAACUUGAAAAGUAUCAAAUCAAAGCUAAAUUUAAAUUGUUCUACAUUGGAUAAAUUUAGAUUUACAAAUUGAGAAUAAAUUUUUAUCAUGAUGAUAGUUUAAAAUUGGAA